UUCUUCUUACUUAGUGCUUUGCUUUCUUUGGUUUUCCUUUUCUCUCUCUCUCUCUUUCCUCUCUUGUAUAAUUUUAUCAUAUGUUCCAUAAUUAAAACACAUAAUCGAUCCUUGUAUUCAAAAAAAAAAAAAAAAAAUCAUAUAAUCCUUCGUUUUCAUAAUUAUAGUCCCUCAGUUUCAUCAUCUUCUUCGUAUACCCUAAUAUACACAGCACAUAAACAUAUAUAUAUAUAUAUACACAUAUAAGAUAUCAUUCCAGUACUGAAUAUAUAAUUUUCUCUUCGAUUCCCGUUCUUCAUAGAUAAAGUUGCAUAUAGAGUGCUUAAUAAAACUCAGCUGAUCUUAUUAUUAGGUUUUCCUGAAGUGAAUUGAUUCUGUUUGUUUUAGCUGUUGUAGCUUGUUCUUGAAUUAAUAUACAACAGAAUUGGUAGUCUGGCUAAUCCGUGGUGGACCAAUCAGGUGGGGCUGCCGGCCAUGGAGCUGGCAGCAAACAACUCACCUGUACUACAAAACAACAAACGAUCAUCAUCAGAGAUCCUCCACCACCACAACCACCAAGAAGAACGAGACAACGACAUUGACGAUGACGACAGGGACGAGCCUAGGGAGGGAGCCGUGGAGGUUGGAAACCGCAGGCCCAGAGGCCGUCCCCCCGGUUCCAAAAACAAGCCAAAGCCUCCCAUCUUCGUAACAAGGGACAGCCCAAACGCCCUAAAGAGCCACGUCAUGGAGGUGGCCGGAGGCGCUGAUGUGGCAGAGAGCGUCGCCCAAUUCGCCCGCCGCCGUCAACGCGGUGUUUGCGUGCUUAGCGGCAGUGGCUCCGUGGCCAACGUAACCCUCAGACAACCCUCUUCAGCUGGCAGCGCGGUCGUAGCCCUUCACGGCCGCUUUGAGAUUCUUUCUCUAACUGGAGCUUUCCUUCCCGGACCGGCUCCCCCUGGAUCGACUGGGCUCACGGUUUACCUGUCUGGGGGACAAGGCCAGGUGGUUGGAGGGAGCGUGGUCGGUUCUCUGGUGGCAGCUGGGCCGGUGAUGGUGAUUGCUGCCACUUUCGCCAAUGCUACAUAUGAGAGACUGCCUUUGGAAGAUGAAGAGGAGGCGGCUGGAAGUGGAGGACAUGGCGGAGGAGGUGGCGCUGAGGAUUCGCCGACUGGGAUGACUAAUGGUGGUGGCGGAGGACACAUGGGGGAAGGUCAGGGAUUGGCUGAUCCGUCGGCUAUGCCCCCUGUUUACAAUAAUCUUCCUCCAAAUCUCAUACCUAAUGGAGCUCAUCAUCAUCAUCAGUUGGGACCUGCCCAUGAUUCUUAUCCUUGGUCUCAUCCUCGGCCCUCUUAUUGAAAACUUUACCGUAAAAAAUAGGUAAUUUCAAUUAUUGAUCGCUAGCUAUUUAGGGGUGUGAAAAACAAAAACAAAAAUAUUAAUAAAAAAUUCCAUGUUUUAUUAGUACUUUAUAUAUAUAUUUGAUGUUUUUUUUAAAGAAUUUCUAGAGGGGAGAGAAAGAAAGAGAGAGAGAUCGAGGGAGUAAUAUAUAUAUUUAUAUAUUUAUGGUGAUGAUGAAACGAGGUAGCAAGUGUUAUUAAUUAUCGUUAGUGUUGCUGGAAGCUUUCCUUUAGCUCUAUAUAAAUAGCAGUUUUAUGUAAAUUACAGAGAAGAUGAUCUUAUUGUUAUAUAUGUUUUCUUAAUUUGAAUUGAAUAAGAAAAGAGAUGAUGAUCAUCUUCUUUUGA